UCCAACCAAAUGACACAAAAGAAAAUUCUCAAUCUAUUUAUUGCACAUAUAUUCGUGACAGUUUCUCAGUCACGGCUCAAAAGACUCAAUCGUUGAAGAAGAAAGAAGCUUUCAAUCGGGAAAAAUGGUGGCUUCCAAUUUGAAAUCGGAGACUAUGGAUCUGAUGCAGAAGAGGACCGCUAUCGAAGCCCAGAUGAAUGCCAUCAUUUCGCGCCUUUGUCAACCUGGCGGUCCUGGACUCUCUGGAAAUCUUGUCGACUCUGAGGGGUUUCCUCGUUCAGAUAUUGACAUUCCAGUUAUUCGGUCUGAACGUGGUCGGCUUACUGAGCUGAGGAAUGACCACAUGGAGAUCACAGAAAAGAUUAAUCAGAACAUACAAGUUUUGCAUUCUGCAAAGCCUGCUUCUAACUUGUCACUCUCUAGGGAUGCAGGAAAUACUGAGGGUUCAAAUGGGUCAUCUGUCACAACUGUUGCAUCCCCAUCCUCAAAUGGUAUUUCUCAGAGCGACUCUUCCACUACCAUGGAUAUAGAUGCAAAUGGCGGUAUACCUUUUGCACUGGUUGAUGAAAUAGCCAAUGCAUCGCCAGCAGCAGACGAUGGAUUACAACUAGGUGAUCAAGUUCUUAAAUUUGGGGAUGUAGAGGGCGGUGAUGAUCUGUUGCGUAGGCUUGCCUCUGAAACACAGAGUAAUCAAGGUCGUCCAGUUGCUGUUGUGGUUAUGAGACAUGGUACUCCGGUCAAUUUGACUGUGACACCUAGAUCAUGGCAAGGCCGGGGUCUUCUUGGAUGCCAUUUUCGGAUGAUGUAGCUGCCUUUACCCACAAGUUCAACCUGCCAUGGUUGUUGAUCUCUCUGCUCAACUCUUCUCCUGUUCUACACUAUAAUCUACUGGUUUAAUUCUAGGUUCCAUAUAUGUUUACAAAUUUCUCUUUAACUAGUCUGGAUUUAUAAUCCAGUGAUUGCCCACCUAACCCCUACUUUUUUGUCAUUUGGCAUGGAAAUUCUGUAAAUUGAAAUAACAGGAUAAGUUCCACUUAUGCAAUUUUAGUCGUGUAAGCUCCUUAUGAAGUCAAUCCUUGUUUCUUUGUUGCUUUUAGUGGUAAAACUACCAUAGAAAACAUGUUACUCUUCUUGAAUGAAACCAAAAGUUCUAUA